GCCAUCGAUGAUUUGAACUAUGGUCAAGUGGCUACUAUUAUUGGAAGAUAUUAUGCCAUGGAUCGAGACAAGAGGUGGGAAAGAAUAAAGAUUGCUGUCGAAGCUUUAACACAAGGUGUUGGUGAAAAAUCACAAGAUCCUCUGCGCACAAUUCAAGAACGUUUUUCAAAAGAUGAAACGGAUGAAUUUUUAAAGCCGAUAAUAAUUUCCGAAGAAGGUUUAAUUAAAGACGGUGACACACUCUUCUUUUUCAAUUUCCGUGCUGACCGCAUGCGCCAAAUUGUUCAAACCUUCGGAGUAUCACCACCCCCAUUCGAUAUUGAGAUUCCGAAAAAUCUCUACAUUAUAACAAUGACUCGAUAUAAAGCUGAAUUUCCUUUUCCUGUUGCAUUCCCGCCGCAAGUAAUGGACAAUGUUUUGGCAGAAUGGCUCGCAAAGCUCAAGAUACCUCAAUGUCACGUUGCUG